AUGGCAAUUGAAAGUUGCUUGCUUAAUUGGGGAAUUAAGAGAGUCUUUACUGUAACUGUUGAUAAUGCCAAUUCAAAUUAUGUUGCAAUUUCCUAUUUGAAAAAGAAAAUCAAUGCUUGGGGGUUUAGCAUUUUAAAUUGCAAAUAUCUUCAUAUGAGAUGCAUUGCCCACAUAAUCAACUUAGUUAUUGUUGAUGGAAUGAAGGAUGGUCUUACUCCAAUUAAAAAGGUUAAAGAUGUAGUUAGGUAUAUUAGGCAAUCUCCUGCAAGGUUGCAAAGGUUUAAGGCAUGUUGUGAGAUGGAAGGGAUUCAAAGUAAGAGUUCUUUAUGCUUAGAUGUGUCCACUAGGUGGAAUUCUACUUAUCUGAUGUUAAGUUUUGCACUGAAGUUUGAAAAUGCAUUUGACAAAUAUGCAACUGUAGAUCCAUACUUUAAAAUUGAUCUUCAAUCAUGUGAGGGUAAUGGUGUGCCAGAUAGUCUAGAAUGGGAAUAUAUUGGAAAAAUUGUUGAAUUUUUGGGACAUUUUUAUAAACAUAAUUUGAGAAUUUCUGGAUCUAGAUAUGUUACUUCUAAUAUAUUUUUUGAUGAGAUUAGUUCUGUUGACUGUUUGUUGCAAGAGUGGAAAUCAAGUACUGACUUAGAAUUGUCAUGUAUGGGAGAGAAGAUGAAGCUUAAAUUUAAUAAAUAUUUGGGGGAUCCUGAUAAGAUGAAUAAAAUUAUUUACAUUGCAGUGGUGGUUGACCCUCGAUAUAAGUUAGAAUUUAUGCAUUUUGCUCUUUCAAAUGUGUAUAGAAAAGAAAAAGGUAAAGAUUUGGCAAAGAAGGUUAAAUUGUUUGUAUAUGAAUUAUUUGAUGACUACGAGAUAAUUUUUCAAUCUGAAAAUGCAAAUGAACACAUUGGAAAUGUAAGUGAGAGCAUCGAAGAAGGAACAAAAAAGAAACCUAGAAUGAGAUUGGGACAUCAAUUCAUGCAACAUAAAAUAGAGAUUGGUGAAGCGAAGAGCAAGUCUGACUUAGAUUCUUAUCUGAAUGAGGACAUUUUAGUUUUGGAUAAGAAAGAAGAUUUUGACAUAUUAAAAUGGUGGAAAAUGAAUGCUAAUAGGUUUCCUAUUGAUAGAGCAUAA